UCAGUAGGGAAUAGAGGAGGCAGAGAUCUCUCAGGUACCUGGGGCAGGUAUUCCCCUGGGAGCUGUCACACCUCUCGCCCAGUGAGUGCUGCAGGGUGCAGGGAGUGUGAGCAAUACUCCCCCAGCUAUGGAGAAAUGAUCACAAGGUCAGUAAUCCCCACGGCUGGGAGCACAUUCCUUAUCCCUGUUCUGGAAAAAUCUCUGUUCGUGGUACGGUCUUUAGAUCGGAUUCCUGAGAUCCAGGUGACACUGGAGGGAUGGAGUUGUGGGAAGCCGCUGGGUUGCAGAGGACUCUCUGGGAAUCCAUCAGGGCAAAGAAGUUCCUGCUCAUCUUCUAUUUAGUUAUAGGUCAGAUCCUGGGAUCCCUCGCUCAGGAGCCAGAUGUGUUACAUCAUGGCUGUACAGAGGGAGGCUGCUAUCCUGCCACAGGGAACCUUCUCAUUGGUCGCGCCCAAAGCCUCAGUGCUACAUCCACCUGUGGGGUGGAAGAGGCUCAGGAGUACUGCAUUGUCAGCCAUCUUCAGGACUCGGAGAAAUGCUUUGCCUGUGAUUCCCGCGUCCCCUACCAAAAGGAGAGCCACCGAAUUGAAAAUGUCAUUUACUUGACGGAAGAAGAUGAAGAGAAGACGUGGUGGCAAUCUGAGAAUGGAGUAGAAUCAGUGAGCAUUCGUCUGGAUCUAGAAGCAGAAUUCCACUUUACUCAUCUCAUUAUGAAAUUUAAGACAUUCCGCCCCGCUGCCAUGCUGAUAGAGAGAUCUGCUGAUUAUGGGCGUACAUGGAAGGUGUAUCGUUAUUUCUCAUACAACUGCACCAAGAUGUUCCCUGGGGUCCCCAUUCAUGCACUCCAGCAGAUUGAUGAUAUCAUUUGCGACCAGCGCUAUUCAGAUAUUGAGCCAUCCAGUGAAGGAGAGGUGAUUUAUAAAGUACUUGACCCAGCCAUAACAGUGGAGGAUCCAUACAGUGCUGAGAUUCAAGAACUUCUUCAGAUUACCAACCUGAGGAUAAAUUUCACCAAACUGCACACGCUUGGAGAUAACCUGUUGGACCAGAGGCCGGAAGUUCUCCAGAAGUAUUAUUACUCGGUGUAUGAGUUAGUGGUGAGAGGGAGUUGCUUCUGUUAUGGACAUGCCUCAGAAUGCUCUCCUGUGGAAGGAAUUGAAGCAGGAGUGGAAGGGAUGAUCCAUGGAAGAUGUGUAUGUAAGCAUCACACUAAGGGCCUGAACUGUGAGCAAUGCCAGGACUUUUACCAUGAUCUCCCAUGGAGACCCGCAGAAGCCAAUGACCCUCACACCUGCAAACGGUGCAACUGUAACAAUCACUCUAGGAAGUGUCACUUUGAUAUGGCUGUGUACCUGGCCACUGGGAAGGAGAGUGGGGGUGUAUGUGAUGACUGUCAGCACAACACAAUGGGACGCAACUGCGAGCUCUGCAAGCCCUUCUACUACCAGGACCCCCGGGCAGACAUCCGGGCAGACAACGCCUGUAUCUCUUGUGACUGCGACCCUGUAGGGUCUCUGGACGGUGGCGUUUGUGACAGUCACACCAAUGUCAACCUAGGCAUGAUCGCAGGGCAGUGUCGCUGCAAAGGGAACGUCAAGGGGGAACGUUGUGACAGCUGCAAGGAGAGUUUCUAUGGGCUGAGCAUGAACGAUCCCGUUGGGUGCCAGCCCUGUAGCUGUGACCCUCGUGGGAUUAUUACAGGGAACACUCCAUGUGACCAGAUUAGCGGUGAUUGUUACUGCAAGCGCUUUGUGACUGGGCGCUACUGUAACCAAUGCCUGCCUGAGUAUUGGGGUCUCAGUAAUGAUAUCACGGGAUGCCGUCCUUGUGACUGUGAUUUUGGAGGAGCCUAUAACAACAAGUGCUCCUUGGGAGAUGGGCAGUGUGACUGUCGCUCCAACAUCAUUGGUCGCCAGUGUGGAGAUGUGCAGCUGGGGUACUUCUGCAUGCCACUGGACUACUACACGUAUGAAGCCGAGAAUGCCAAGGGGCUCUCACCUACAGACCCCCAGUUACCUGGUUCCCCCAAACCUGAAGCUCAGACAGAUUGCUUGGAGUAUUUCAAUGGUAUCCAGAAUGGCAAGAAAGUGAGGUUGAGACGACAGAGGAGAACCGCCCGUGUCCUGCAGCAGAGGGCUUCCCAACGGCGUGCGCGCCAACUCCAGCAGAAGCCAGACACAGAGGUAAUCCGACGGGAGCACAACUCAGGUCACAUGGUCACCUGGACAGGUCAAGGAUUCGUUCGAGUCCGAGAUGGAGCUGGUCUCUUGUUCCAGAUUGACAACGUCCCUUAUCCAAUGGAUUAUGACAUCAUGAUCCGUUAUGAGCCAGAGUCUGCCGAGGACUGGGAAGCGACUGUCAGUGUGACAUCACGGAUAUUACCCAUGAGCCCACGUUGUGGCAACGUAUUGCCCUCUGAGCAGAUGUACAAGGAAAAGCUGCCACAUACAGAGAGGUACUUGGUCCUCCCGAAACCCUUCUGCUUUGAAAGCAACAACCAGUAUGAAAUCAGCAUCCGAUUCCAGCGCUGGGGAGCUGCCAACCGCCACCCCGCCGCCUUCAUACUCAUUGACUCGCUGGUCCUUCUGCCCAAGAUCUAUGAGCUCCCCGGCUUCCAUGGAAAUGACCCUGUGUCAGUGCAUCAUCGGGAAGAGAUGGAACGAUACAUGUGCCUGGAUUCCUUCAAGAUGGCCACCAUGCCUGACCUGGCAGAAAUGUGCAUCAAGCUUCUCUGCAGCAUCUCUGCCAUCAUCCACGAUGGAGCUCUGCCCUGCCUGUGUGACCUGCAGGGUUCCCUUAGUGCUGUCUGUGACAAGAUAGGAGGACAGUGCAAGUGUAAGCCUAAUGUGAUUGGCCAGCGCUGUGACCAGUGCGCUCCAGGGACCUAUGGAUUUGGCCCAUAUGGAUGCAGCAAAUGUGACUGCCACCCUCAAGGUUCCACCUCCAGGUUAUGCAAUCCCUUUACAGGGCAGUGCCCGUGUCAGAGCAAUGUUGCCGGCAGACAGUGUGACCAGUGCUUGCCAGGCCAGUGGGGCUACCCUCACUGUAGGCCGUGCGUAUGUAAUGGCCAUUCUGAUGAGUGUGACUCCAAGACUGGGGCCUGCAUCAGAUGCAGAGAUUCCACUACCGGGCGCCACUGUGAGAAGUGUUUGGAUGGAUAUUAUGGGGACCCCAUACUGGGCUCUGGUCAACAAUGCCGGCCAUGUCCUUGCCCGGGGUAUCCUGGCAGUCGCAAUUACCAUGGCAGCUCCUGCUAUGCUGACAAGGAUUCCCACCAAAUUGUGUGCCUCUGUGCGCCUGGAUAUACAGGGACUCGCUGUGACCGCUGCUCCCCUGGUUACUUUGGGAACCCUGAACAGGAAGGCGGGGAGUGCCGGCCGUGUCAGUGCAACAACAACAUUGACCCCACUGACCCUGAGUCAUGUGACUCUCAUAGCGGGAUGUGCAUGAAGUGCCUCUACAACACAGAUGGAGCUCACUGCGAAGAGUGCAAAGCUGGUUUCUAUGGCAGCGCCAUGCAACGAAACUGCCGCCGAUGUACAUGCAAUGAGCAAGGCACCCUGCAGUCCCACUGCACCAGAGACGUCUGCUAUUGUGACCGGGUGACUGGGCAUUGCCCCUGCAGAGCCAAUGUGCUGGGCAAGAGUUGCGAUCAGUGUGCCUCUAACUUCUGGAACUUUGGGGGGGACCUCGGCUGCGAACCCUGCACCUGUGACCCGGCCCACUCCCUCCGACAGGACUGCAAUGUGUUCACAGGACAAUGUCACUGCCAGCCCGGCUUUGGGGGGAGAGUCUGCUCACACUGCCAAGAGAAUUACUGGGGUGACCCCCAAAUUAAAUGUGAAGUAUGUGACUGCGAUGCAUACGGGUCAGAAACGGCGCAGUGCGACCCCCUCACCGGAAAGUGUUUCUGUCGGAAAGGUUUCACGGGACAGAGAUGUGAUCAGUGCGCCAGGGGCUUCCAGAACAAUUAUCCCCGGUGCCUGCCCUGCCACGAGUGUUUCGCCCAAUGGGACAUGAUCAUCUCUCAGCUCCGGGAUCGACUCCAGGGCGUCCAACAGAAACUGUUAGACUUCCAGGAGGGAGCAGUAGCCCCAGAGAUCAGUCACAGUCAGAUUAAAGAGUUGGAUAACAAGCUGAGGACCAUUGAAGAGCUCAUUAAAGAUGGAGUUGCUGACGGAAUGCGAAUGUUGGAGCAAAUGACCAAACUAGUUAACAAAAUAAGUUCUGAAGUGGCUCAGCUCUCAUUUCAGCUACACACUCAGGAAAAGCAAAUGAACGGCACGGAGGCGAAGGACCGAUGGCAGAGGGGAAAGCUGGACCAGCUGACGUUAGAUAUUACUGUUGUGAAUGAGACAGUGUAUGAUCUGAAAGUGCAGAUAGAGGCCAUAGUAGCGGCAGGAUUCAAUGAAUCAUACAACAGCAUCGUGAAGUCGUAUUUAGAAUCCACGGAGGCAGAGAAGAUUGCCAAUGGCUCUGUGUAUGGUCCGGGAAGUCCUGUUUUCCAGUCGCAGCAAACAAGGGAAGAAACUGAGAGGCUUCUCAAGGAGAAACUUGACACAUACAAAAGAAACAUGACUGCUCAGAAGAGCUCAUUGAAGGAGCUGCAAAAGAAGGUCCAGGGACUCAAUGUUUCCAAAAUCAAUGAGAAGAUCUGCGGGGCCCCAGGAGACCAGGAAUGUGAGGACUCGCCAUGUGGGGGAGCAAACUGUAGAGAUGAAGACGGGAAGAGAAAAUGUGGGGGCGACGACUGUAACGGAGCUCUGCCAGUUUCUGCAAAGGCCCUUAGCACAGCGCAGAACAUCACCCUGGAGCUGGAGAACAUGGCCAACAGGCUGAAAGACAUUGCUCAAAAGAUACAAGAUAUCCAGGGAAUUGCUCAAGAUGCCAAGGUUCAGACAGAAGCCACACUGGCCAACGCCAAAGAAUCCAAGCGCCGUAUAGAGGAUUCAACAGAGAAGCUACGGGAAUUUAUUAAGAAGAUUAAAGAUUUUCUAACUGAAGAGGGUGCUGAUCCAGAAAGCAUUGAGUUAGUGGCUCGACAAGUCUUGAACAUCUCUCUGCCCGCCAGUCCUGGCGACAUUGAGGCACUGGUCAAUGAGAUCAAAGAAAGUAUUGGGAACCUCAGCUGCACCGAUGAGAUCCUGACCAACACCUCUGAAAUCUUGGCCACUGCCAAGAACCUGCACAAAGAGGCCGUGAAGGCACAGGCCAAGGCCGAGGCUGUGAGUGCAAAUAUAUCUGAUGCCCAGGCGCUGCUACAGGAGGCAGAGGCCAAAGCCAAAUCUGCAGAGAAAGCUUUAAAGAAGGCCAAGCAGAGCAUUAAAGAUGUGAAAAGCAAAGUGGAACAGACCAUGCAGACCCUGACUGGAGUUGAACAGAAAGAGAUGGACAUUAUGGAACGAAUAGGAAAUCUCUCUGAGAAAGUUGACGACUUGCUGGAUAAGACUGAGUCCAACAGGCAAAUAGCCAGCGAUGCAAAAGAAAGAGCCAACUUGGUCCUCAAUUCCACUGGGGAGCUGAGAAAGGAAAUGGACGACGUUCAGAGGAAGUACGAUGAUCUGAAAGAGAAGGUUGGCGGUUACAACAGCUCGUCUGGCACCGCCCUGGACAGGAUAGAGAAGAUAAAGGAGGAGGCCAAAGCUCUGUAUGAUAAAGCAAAUACAGCCAAGAAGGAGCUCGCAAAACUAGAAGCACAAUUCAGGGCCAAUGAAGCGAACAUGACGGCCAAGAUUCUUACGAUCGAGCAACUGGAGAAUCAGACAACGCAACUGCUAAAUGAUAUACGAGAGAAGUCCAAUAUAUACUCCACCUGCUAAUCCCACAGCCCUGCCCCAUGUCUGAUAAUGAAGAUUAUAUUUAGCCACUGUGUAUUGAUACAAAUAAAAAGCUAUUUGGGGAAAAAAUGUUCUCUAGGUUCAUUAAAGGGCAACUAUAUCUUUCUAUUCAUUUUACCACUCUAAUUGUAAGGAGUAUAUAAAUAGUCUCUCUUUGCUUUCCCACAAACCUCUCAUAGCGUGUUCCAAAACGCCUUCCCAGAAGAUUAGAGCCAGGGAAGGAGCAACUUCAAUCUUGGUUUGGGAAUGAGAUGUUGGACGGGCAGGUCCCCACAUCAUUUUGGCCAUCUCUGAAUCUGACCGCGACCAAAAAUUUUGGGUUGGUCUGAUUUUGCUCAUCAUGUUGGUGACAUUACCAAGCAAAAGGAUAAUAACAUGCUGAAGCUUUGAAGAUAUCAUUGUUCCAUAGCUGUCUGCCCAGAACCUUCCUUAUCCUGCUGCCACAGACCUCCAGUAGUGUUAUGGUCUGAUGUCACUGAGGUCAUAUUCAGCCAAAAACAUGUCUUAAAGGAGAAGGAAAGGUAAAAUCACUGAAGGUGCCAAAAGCUAUGCUCCCCUUAGUAAUUCUAUUUACUUGCCUGAUACCCUGGGUCGUUGCUCCUGUUAAUAGAUAACUGCCCUGGCCUAGGGUUCUUCUCAGUGAGCACCAUGGAGUGACCGUCUUCUUCCUGGUUCUUCUUUCUUUAAAAUGACAGGGUGACGCAUGCAAAGUCAGGGUCGGACUGGACUGGUGAGACACCGGAAAAAAACCUUGUGAACCCCGCCAACCCAGACCCGAUCUCCACCUCAGUCUGACCCUGUGCAAAAGUGUAUAAGGCUGGCUUUCUGUUAAAGUUCGGGUUUAGUGAAGGAAGAAGAAGCAGGAAGAGAAGAGGAUCAUUCUGUGGUGCUCACUUGAGGAACCCUGGGCCGGGGUCGGACUAUGGUGUCUGGGGCCCACCGGGGCUGGUGCUUGGGCAACCCCCCCAGUCGCCACAUCAAACCCCCUCCCUCCCAUUCCAUACUGCGCUUCCUCCUGAGAUGGGGGGAAGAUGCACCGCUAUGGAAGCAAACUGGGUCGGCGGGGUUGCAGGCCCAUGAAGGCCGGGUCCCACCUGUUUUUUUCCCGGUGCCCCACUGGCCCGGUCUGACCCUAACCAGGGCAAUUUUAUGCUAACAGGAGCACCAACCUGGGGUAUCAGGUAAGUGAAUAUAAUCGCUGGUGAAAAAUGAUGAAAACAGCAGCUCUUUGAUUAUUUUGAAAAGUGAUGAUUUUACUCAAGCAACAAAGUACCUUUGUUACCACUUUUGUCAUGACUUUACAAAAUAACCGGAGAGCUGCUUUUGUCAUAAUUUUGCAUUCAUUUACCCAGGCAGAGGGUACAGGGUGCAUCUGGGGCCACAUGGAGCUGUUCCAUUGUGUAUCACACCCUAACUCAUUCUACCGACAGUCACUGGAGGGGCCUAAUGUUUGGCACCCCCCAGAGAUUUCAACCUUUCCUUCUCCUUUUAUGGAAAAAUCGAGGCAUUACAACUCCUUAUGCACCAGAAGCCCGUACUGGAACAUGACCGUAAAACUAUGCAGGAUAGGCGUUCUCUGUUACCAAUCAGAAAUCAGCACACACAUUUAAGGGUAUAGUAGCCCUUUAAGUGAACAUGCUAUGGAUAAAAAUGUGCAGAUUUUUGGGGGGGUUAAUAUGUAAAAUUAAAUAAACAUGGUGUGUUUUUAUAAA